AUGUCGGUCAACCUUCCUCUCCGCCGCGCCAGCACCGGCGCAGCGACCGCAUUGCCCUCCACGACAUUCAUCUGCAACCAAUGCCGACAUGCAACACUCCUCCGUCGACCCAAACGGCCCUACACCUUCACGCAGCUCGUCACCCUCUCCGAUGGAAGCACGUUCAUCCAUCGGACCACGUCCCCGGCCCCCGUCUACCGCUCGACCCGUGACACGCGCAAUUCCCUGCUUUGGAACCCCUCCAGCGUCAAGCUGAUGACCGUCGAGGAGGACGAGGCCGGUCGUCUGGCUGCUUUCCGUGCCAGGUUCGGUCGCAGCUGGGACGCUGCUAAUACGAGUAGUGAGGAAGCUUCGAAAUUUGAGAAAUCCGAGACGUCUGCGUCUGCGUCGUCGUCAUCGUCACAGCCGGUGGACCAGAAGAAGACGGGCGAGACGCAAGCUGAUCAAGAGGCUGCCGCAGCAGAGGCGGCAGCUGUAGCACAGGCCGAAGCAGAGCUCCAGGAAGAAGAGGACAACCUGCUGGAUCUGAUCAGUUCGUUUGGCCAGGCGCAAGAGGAACAGCAGUCUGGGAAGAAGAAAUAA